AUGACGACAGAAAUUUCAAUUGAACGCGAGGCCAAUCUACGGGCUCAAAAGAAAAAGAUUCUGCGAUUACAAAGGCUGAAAUACCUCACCGGGAAACUUGAAAUGGCAGACGCACUAACAGCAAAUGACGCAGAAAAUAAGGAUGCCUCAUUUGCUCAAGGAAAGGAAGAAAAGUCGAGCGAUCAACUUUGCACCAAGGAGCCGCCAGUAGUCGCUUAUGAGGAAGUGAAUGAAAAGCUCACAAACGUCUCUGUUACCAGUGGUAACUCUGAUCGAAGUGGAAACGAGCCAUAUGCGCCAAAACAUAAGAGUCCUGUUUUACCGAGGAGAAAGCGACAUGACGCUGAAGUGACAGUCGAGCAAUGUCAAAAGCUAACUAACAUAGACAGUUCGAAAUUUUCCAUUGUUGUUGAUAAUUCUGAAGUCGAACGAUACACACCUUCGGUUGCGUCUCUUUCUUCGGAAUAUCAUCGGAAAACGAUUGAAAUCAAGAAGAAAGCUGACGAACGGAGGCGAAAUGUUGGAUCACCAAGAUAUAAACAUCCUACCCUACUGAAUUUAUCAUCAAACAGCAAUUCUUUGGCGGUUAAUAACCUUCAACUGCGUCGAAGUUCAAGCCUUACUGAGCUGCGCCAUCAGGAUAAUCAAGAAGAAAUUCAACAUGCCCAACACGCUACAAUCAAUCACGGAACUAGAUGCAAAAGUGAAGAUGUAAGAGCGGUAAUCCCGAACGAGAUUGCGGAGCAUGAAACCGCUCCUUUCCCGCUACGUGCAGCCAGCAUAUCUUCCAUAACCGAUGUAUGUCUCACAACAGAAAAAGAAGAUAUGAAUUUUGGAGUUUUCGCGCGGAAACAACAAGAAAGACUAGAAGAUAAUUUACGACGUGUGGAGCAAAACCUAGACAGCACUUUCAGCAAAUUACGACGUUAUAUA